CCCACUUCGCUUCGUCCCCAAAAAGAUUUAUCGUGAGAUUUAAAUCGCUCUCAAAAAAGGGCAAGACACUCAUGGUCAUGCAACUCCUGACCGCGACGAUGCUUUUUGGAAGCGUCGGCAGAAGCGCAUACGUGAGGCACAAUCAAAUGAAAAAUGGAAUGGUUGGUCCUCCGAUCGAAAUUUCUUACAGCAAUUUUUUGGAUCUCGUUGAAAAUUCCGGUAAAACAACGAAAGGGGUGACCUCACCGACCGUAGAUAAUAUGCGAAUCAGUCCCGAAAGAAUAGCUUACCGCUUGACGAAAGAAUCACCAAAUGGCACUGGUGAAAAUCCCUCAGUCACACAACUUUCUUGUUACACCAACAAAGUUGCGGCAUCUCCUGAGUUGGUCGACACCCUUCGCGAAAGCAACAUCCCAUUCACGGCAGCAAAUCGCAAGCGCACAAACACGGUAGUUGUUGCCGCCAGGACUGCCAUUCUCGGUUUUUACAUGUUGAUUUUGUGGAGAAUGUACAAGACAUUUAGCGGACAAGCAAAUGGCUCUGGGGAUGUUCCAGGAAAAGUUGCAAACAAAAAUUCUCUUCCUCUAGCGUCAUUCAAUGACAUUCAGGGGAUAGAUGAUGCCAAACAAGAAGUGAUGGAACUUGUAGACACGUUAAGAAAUCCAGGAAAAUAUGCUAUUCUUGGUGCACGAGCACCUACAGGUCUUCUGUUGGAGGGUCCACCAGGUGAGUCACGCAAAUCAAGUAUAAAUUGCAAGUUUUAUCUUGAGCUGGACAAUUCACAUUGAUGUUUUUGAACUCGAUUAUAGGAACGGGGAAGACAAUGUUGGCCCGGGCCACAGCAGCGGCCGCAGGGGUUCCUCUUAUUUACGCUAGUGGCAGUGAUUUUGUGGAGAUGUUUGUUGGACGAGGAGCUGCCAGGGUUAGAAAACUGUUUGAGCGAGCGAAUCGAAUGGCUCCCGCUAUUAUCUUUAUUGAUGAACUAGAUGCAUUGGGAAAGUCGAGAGAUGCGGGAAAUUCAAUGAUGGGGAACCGUGGGAAUGACGAGGCCGAACAAACCUUGAAUCAGCUUCUAGCGUGCAUGGACGGAUUGGACUCRACGCGUAGGGUUUGUGUGCUGGCAGCUACAAAUCGAAAAGAAGUUUUGGACACCGCUUUGAUCCGGCCUGGUCGAUUCGAUCGAAUCGUCAAGCUACAACUUCCCGAUGCAGUAGGGAGGGAAAAUAUUCUACGAAUUCAUGCUUCGAAAUUGCCGGGAUUUCAAGAAUGCCAAGGUGUUGACGAUCAGCGACCGAACUCGUUGGGAUUGGGCGAAAAGGUAGACUUAUCUGCAGUGGCAGCAGUGACAAGUGGUUUCAGUGGUGCAGAAUUGGAGUUUUUGGUCAAUGAAUCUGCAAUUCGUGCUGUUCGUCGAGUGAGUUCCUCUCUGAGAAGAGGUGCCUCGGAUUCAUCAAUCACUUCUCACGUCUGCGCUGAAGAUUUCGAAGAAAGCUUGAAAAACUUUUUUGCCACCCGCAGACCUAAAGGCACCAACGUGAACGAAAUUUUCAAAAACGUUUGGAACGCCAGCGCCUAGAUUUAAAAGUCAGAAAUUGAAUAGUAGAGGACAUGUUCGUAGGCAACAAUUUUAAAAUAAAAAGGCGCACACAGG